AUGGCGCCGUCCUUUGACCAUUUGCGCGAGGCCGACCUCGACGAUGACGAGCUGAACGAGGAUGAGAUCGACAUCUCCGACUUGAGGGAGAAGUUCGAGGUCCAGCUGGAGAUGGGCUACGACACCUUCGUCGUCAUCGAUGGGUUGCCCAAGGUCACCGAGGAGCAGAAGCCAAAGUUGAUCAAGUUCUUGAUGAAGAAGCUCAACACGGUGGGUAGGGCUCGCGAGGACUCGCUGCACAUGCCCAUGGGUGAAGAUGGCUACUCUCUUCAGUUCGCCUUUGUUGAGUUCUCCUCUGCCGCCGAGGCCGCCGCUGCCACCCGCCAGCUCGACAUGGUGCCCCUCGACAAGAAGCACACCCUCCGGGUGAACAAGAUGAAUGACAUUGAGCGCUACGGCGGGGAGGGCCGCGUCGACGAGAACUAUCAACCCCCUCACAUCGACGAGUUUGCCGAGAAGGAGCACCAUCGAUGGUGGCUCAAGGACCCUGCCGGCCGUGGCCGUGACCAGUUCGUCAUGUACCGUGGCGAUAAUGUUGGCGUCUACUGGAACAACGAGCGGGACCAGCCCGAGAACGUUGUCGACCGCCAGCACUGGACAGAAACCUUCCUUCAAUGGUCGCCCCUCGGCACCUACUUGACCUCGAUCCACGCCCAAGGUGUCCAGCUCUGGGGCGGCCAGUCAUGGUCCAGGCAAGCUCGAUUCGCCCAUCCCUAUGUCAACCUCGUCGCCUUCUCUCCACACGAAAACUACCUCGUGACCUGGUCUAACAGGCCGAUCUCGAUUCCCGAUGGCGGCCACCCGGCCCUGUCGAUAGACGACGACGGCAAGAACUACGUCAUCUGGGACAUUGCCACCGGCACGCCCCUCCGAUCCUUCGCCAACCUUGAUCCCCCCAAGGUCGAGGAGGGCAAGCCCCAGCCCAAGCUGCAGUGGCCCGCCUUCAAGUGGUCAGCCGAUGACAAGUAUGUCGCUCGCCUGACGCAGGGGUCGUCCAUCUCCGUCUACGAGCUGCCGAAGAUGAACCUCGUCGACAAGACCAGCAUCAAGAUCGAGGGUGUCAUGGAUUUCGACUGGGCCCCGGCAACGCCGCAGCGCGACGGGGUCAAGACGUACGAGCAGCUCAUCUGCUUCUGGACGCCCGAGCUUGGGAGCAACCCUGCCAAGGUUGGCCUGAUGAGCAUCCCGUCCAAGGAGAUCGUCCGCUCGCUCAACCUCUUCAGCGUGAGUGACGUCAAGCUCCACUGGCAAUCCGAGGCCGCCUACCUCUGCGUCAAGGUCGACCGCCACUCCAAGUCGAAGAAGUCCCAGGCCACGACGCUGGAGAUCUUCCGCGUCAAGGAGAAGGGCGUCCCUGUCGAGGUUGUCGACACCAUUAAGGACACGGUCAUCAACUUCGCGUGGGAGCCCAAGGGUGACCGAUUCGCCAUCAUCACCACGACGGAGCCCGUCGGUGCGACGGCCGUUCCCCCCAAGACGGCCGUCGCCUUCUUCUGCCCCGAGAAGAACAAGGGGGCCGUGGCCGGCAACUUCAAGCACCUCCGCACGCUGGACAAGAAGAACAGCAACGCCAUCUACUGGUCACCGAGGGGUCGCUUCGUCGUCAUCGCCACGAUAGCCAACCAGCAGAGCUCCGAUCUCGACUUCUUCGACCUCGACUUCGAGGGCGAGAAGCCGGAGUCGGACAAGGACCUGACGGCAAACCUGCAGCUGAUGAACACGGCCGACCACUACGGCGUGACGGACGUCGAGUGGGAUCCUUCCGGUCGCUUCGUGGCCACGUGGGCAUCGGCCUGGAAGCAUUCGAUGGAAAACGGCUACCACAUCUACGACUUCAGGGGCGAGGCCCUCCGGGAGGAGCCGGUGGAGAAGUUCAAGCAGUUCCAGUGGCGGCCGCGGCCCCCGACACUCUUGAGCAAGGAUGAGCAGAAGCAGAUUCGCAAGAACCUGCGCGAGUACAGCCGCGUGUUCGAGCAGGAAGAUGCCGACCGUGGCGCUACGGCCGACCUUGCCGUGGUCGAGGCUCGCCGUACCAUACUGCAGGAGUGGUACGCGUGGCGCGCCGAGGUGGACCAGGAUCUUGCCGAGGAUCGGGCUGCCCUCGGUCUGCCGAGCGACCCGCAUGCUGCCUUGCUGGAAGCCAAGACGAAGGAGAUGCAGGGCUCCGGGGCAGACGCGCAAGCGGAUCGGGUGAUUGAGGAAAUCGUCGAGGACGUGUUGGAGGAGAGCGAGGAGGUUGUUGCAUAG